UGAAAUCUGAUAAUGGAGUUAGGAUUAGGCUUCAAUCAGGAUUCAACACCUAUUCAAUUCAACACCAAUUCAACGCCUGCUGUGGGUUCAGAGAAGAUCGCUCCUGCUGUGGUUCUGGGUUUGUGUUGUUUGGUGGGUUUGCCGAGCAACAUUGCAGUAAUCAUCAGCAUUGCUUGUGAGUGGAACACAAAUCUGAGCUUCACUUUAAAACUGAUGCUCAACCUUGCGGUCUCUGAUGCUUUGAGUCUUUGUUUGGCUCCUUUUGUGAUGUUUGGAAUAUGGUUUGGAUGGAAAUUUGGCCUUUGGUUUUGUAAGAUCCUGCUCUUCUUGGGUCACUGGAGUCUGUAUGUCGGUGUCCUGACGGUUACGUCCAUGAGUGUGCACCGCUAUCACAAUGUCAUCAAGACAAGGGUCACUAACAGGAUGAUUCUGCACAGGCUGGAGCGACGACACAGACACCUUCAGCUGAUCUGCAUCUGGACUCUCGCCUUUGUUUUUGCCCUACCAGUAUUUUUCACCCAAGGACUAAAAGAAAAGAAUGGCUUGCAAAGAUGUCAGAGGACAGUGAGCUCACAGUUUGUGGCAGUGACUCUUCUUCUUCUUCAGAUAUUGCUUGGGUUUAUUAUUCCGUUUUUAAUCAUGUUGACAUGUUAUCUGUGGUUGCACAAAGGUUUGCGUCAAAACUCCAGGUUAGCCCCACAGAAGCAGGAAUCCAUAAACAAGGGGUCAAAUGUUAGGACUUACAAGAAGAGACUUGUGAUCAGCGUCGUUGUGGCUUUCUUUGUGUUUUGGACUCCUGUGCACAUCAUCAAUGUGAUUGAUAUUGUCGCUACUUUGACUAGAACAUCUCAUCAAGAUGUUUAUUUACAUCUUAAAUCCUUCCGUCGUGUUUAUGGUGACACAAGCAAGUCUCUUGCUUUACUAAACUGCUGUCUGGAUCCUUUUCUCUAUGUUUUUGUUUUAAGGAAGGUCAUAAAGUGUACUAAGUAGAAGUACAAUUGUUUAUUUGGCAGGUACAAAUUCAAAUAAUUACUUUAAAGUUCUAAGUUCUUUUUGCAGAUUGGAGAUCCUGUGUCUCUUUUCUAAAGGGUUGUGUGUGAUCCAAGAUCAUUACUCUAAUGCUGUGGUACUCAAACUUUUUUGUUUAUGUUUUUCUUUAAACCUUUAAACCUUAAUCCCACCAUUUACCUUUACUUUAUGAAAAAUGAACACUUUUGUAAUCAAAAAACUUGAAACAUAAUAAAAGAAAGAUGACAUAAAAGAAGACACGGUCACCUCUACGAUUGAGACCGAAAUUAAAAGAUGGUUGGUCACAAGAUCUUAGAUGGAAUACUGAUGUAGCAAUUCUGAUAAAUAUGUGGUCGAAAAUGCAUUCAGCCAGAUUGUUCUACUUGCUCUUUCCCCUGUUGAGCUUAUCCGUAAAAAGCGGAACCACUGCUGAUGUACACUGGAGAGACAGAUUUACACUGUAUCAUGUUUUAAAAAAUGUUUAU